AUGCGUCUAUCACACUCUCUGCUUGUCUACCUCGUCCCCCUUGCGACGGCCCUCCAAGCAGCCAAUUUCAAUGUCUCCAAGGCCCUCGCAGAGUCUCACUCUUGCGGCUCCGAGUGCCAGCGUCGCCUGAACAACACUAUCCCAGCAGACGUAGCCAUCCUCAGCCGUGACUUUGACUUCUCCUUCUACCAAACCGCAGCAAACUUCUUCUCGUCUCUAGCUCCAGGUGAAGUUCUCAAAUUCCAGCGUAUCAACCCAAAGAAUCUCACCAUCGACGGCGGCGCAACUGCUUUCCGGUUCCAAUAUACGUCCCUGGACUUUAAUGGCUCUCUCGUCCCCGUCACCGGCUUCAUCGCUUUCCCAUACACACCACACUAUUCCUUUCAGGACCUGGCUUCAAACUCUUCUUCAAGAUACAGGCUGGCAGCGUUCGCACACGGCACGAUUGGUAUAUUCCCCGGGUGUGCACCAUCCAACGGACCCGCCUUGAAUGACUAUACUAGCUGGCAGCCCGUUCUUGAAAGGGGCUAUGCGAUAGUAGCUACGGACUAUGCAGGCCUGGGAAACAACUAUACCAGCCACAAGUACCUGAGUUUCCCAGCACACGCGAGCGACGUAUACUACUCUGUAGUAGCAGCUCGCAAGCUGUUCCCGCGCUCGUUCACCAAGGAAUGGAUGACCUUUGGGCACUCCCAGGGCGGAGGAGCAGCCUGGAAGCUCGCAGAGAGCAGAUAUGUGCGAAAAGACCCGAACUAUCUCGGCACCGUAGCCCUGGCCCCGGCAACAUAUUUCAUACAGCAGCUCAUCGACAGUUUUACUAAAGCAGUUUCUUCCCCCUCGGGCGUAGAAAAGGGCACCGGUGUAGGAUUCCUGCCAUUCUUACCCACUGCCGCUCAGCGUGUUAUCCCUUCAUACAGGGAAUCGAUACUGGCGCCCACUUUAUGCAACAGAGUGCAGCUGGCAACCAAAGCACAACUAUGUCUCAAUGCUGUCCUCGGGAUGAGCAUCGACUUGGACGCCAGCCAGCUCGUUUCAGUAGCCGGUGCCAAAAGGGACAUUCCAACGCUGUUGAAGUGGGAAAAGAUGGUUGCGCCAGCACAGGGGGGUGCAAACCCGGCACCGAUCUUUGUUGUCCAGGGCCUGAACGAUACGGCUGUGUCGUGGAAUAUCACGGUUCGGGCAUGGAAGAAUUCAUGCCAUGCUGGCAACGAGCUACAUCUGAGGCUCUUCCCUACGCAGGGUCAUCGACCGGUCUUGACAGCCGGCGCUGCCGAAUGGCUUGCCUGGAUGGAUUAUCGGUUUGAGACGAGAGGGACGCGGUCUGGUAAGAAGCAGUGCACCAAGGAGACGAGACAUCCGUUUAACCUGGAGUACGUCAAGGCUCCUACUGACGAAGACUUGAAGCCGUUUCUCAAAUAG